AUGAGUGAUAGAAAAGAUUUGCAUUAGGAGGAACUUAUAAUUGGUUUUGGCUUGCCAUUUAAAUAUAAUAACUAAAUCAUCAAAAUUGAGAUACCAGAAACAAAGAUUAACAAUUAAUCAGGAGCAGGAGUAAGUUAUCAUAUUAUAAAAUGAUGGAACUUUAAUAAGGAUAGUGUACAGGAAGAUUAGGCGCAGAAGAUUAAUUAGAAAUAAGUUUGGUUAAUUAUGUAGAGCAAGUUGGGUAAUAAGCUAAUAAUAGAGCUGACAAUAUUUCAUCCUAAAUAUUGUAGAGUGUAAUUUGAGUAAUAAUUAAAGGUCUAAUAGGAAUGAGUUUAUCAAAGGCAAAAAUAAAUAGAGGAAUAAAAGUAGAUAUUAAGAGUAGAUUAAAAAUUGA